AUGCCACCUAGUGGUGCAGGCAAACGGAAACGAGGCGACAGGUCCUGGUCCGGCGAUUCUGGACAUCACGACGGUGGUCAGAGGCCAUCUCCCCAUCGACCUGGCAAUCUGAAUCUUGCGCAACACAAUAACCAACCUCCAUCUCCAAGCCCGCGAGGCGGUAGACAAGGUAACAGAGGUGGCAGAGCAACAAACCCUGGUCGUUCGCAGAGUGCUGCCCAAGAUACCCCUAUGCCUUCAGCAACCCCCGAUUCACAGCCGCAGCAAACGGAGAGCGGAGGCGCGGCGAAGGCCAAAGCGAAUUCCAAUAUCGCUACCGAUGCGACUCUUCCUGUUCGUCGAACAGAUGCGGCUCAGAAUAGUCAACAAGACUCGUUCUACGUUUACGAAUACGUCACGAAAGAUGUUGUCGCAGGCUGGAAACAGAGCGGCAAACAGAAAGUCAUCGACCAGGGAAUAGCCGCCCGCAAUUCGCGCGACACAAUCAAUUUGGGAUGUAUAUUCCAGGAGCUAAUCCGAUCCAUUUUACUGAAGAGGCUCGACCCGUCAGAGGCCGGAUCUACUGUGCGACAGAUCAUUGCGAAUGGAGAACAGGAGGAGGCCGAUAAGGAUGACAUCUCAUCGCUCUUUUUGAAUACUUUGUCUAUACUUGUUGAUGAACACGACACAUCGAACGAUGCCUUGAAGCCGUUUGUUUUCGCCACGGGAAUCUCCCCUGCGCUGUUGCGGCUUGAGCUAGACACGAAUCUGGUGCAAGGAUUGGGGCUUGUUCGAGAAACCUUUACUCGCAUUGGAAUCCGAAAGCAAACAAAUAUUCUCUACCGACAGUCCAAUUACAAUCUUCUUCGUGAAGAGUCAGAAGGCUACUCCAAGCUAGUCACAGAACUUUUCACAACGAGCAAUUCUGAAUCCCCAUCCAGUGAAAUCGUUGAAGAGACGUUUGAGCGUGUCAAGGCAAUGAUUGGAGCCUUUGACUUGGAUGUGGGACGAGUACUCGAUGUGACUCUGGAUGUAUUCGCUGCAGUCCUGGUCAAGAAAUAUCACUUUUUUGUCAGGUUCCUGCGCGCUAGCUCGUGGUGGCCCAAGGGCGAUCGCUUGCGUCGUGAAGAUGAGUCUGAUCCCUACUCAGGCUUGCCGAGCUGGGCUAUUCCUGGCUGGACUGGCUAUGAUGACGAAAAAAAAGAAGACUUUGCACGGCUACGCGACGAACGCGACCAGGCUUUUUGGAAUCGAGUUCGAGAAACCGGGAUCCGCGCUUUUUAUGAGAUUGGUCGGCGUCCAUUAUCCGACGAUGAACAACAACUCGCACUUGUAGAUGCCAACAAUCAGUCAGACUUUGGAUCUGAAACGAAAAAAUGGAUCGAGCAAACCGGUACACUGCCACCAAAAGGUAACCGCGUUGCUGCUCAGCUUCUUGGGUUUAAACUUCGAUUCUAUUCGGCAUCCGCAAGGGAGGCUGGCUAUCUGCCAGAAAAUCUCAUAUGGGUUGCUGCUUUACUCAUUAAGAUUGGGUUUAUCUCAUUGCGUGACCUUUAUCCACACCUUUGGCGCGAGGAUGACACUAUGCCCGAACUGGAGGAGAAGUUGAAAAAGGAAAAGAUGGAGAGAGAAAUGAAGGCCCGGCCAGGAGGAGGAAUCAACGCUCUGAUGCUCGCUGGAGCUCUUUCUGAUGACACUCUCCCUGCUCCUCUUUCUCGCUCACGCGAGGCAGACACUCGUUCUGGCACCCCUGGAAAGGAUUCCGAAGUCACUACCGCAAAAGAAGCCGGCGAUCAGGAACCUUUGCCAGAAAUUAGGGAACAAAAAGUUGAUCUGCUGAAAAGCUUGUUGACUAUUGGUGCCAUUCCCGAGGCCCUCUUUAUGCUUAGUCGAUUUCCUUGGCUUAUCGAUAUGCCAGAGCUUCCGGAAUAUAUCCACCGUAUAGUCCAUCAUUGUUUGAGCAAGCUUUACACCCCAAUACGCCCUUUGCAAGAGAGCGAGCAGCUUCGGGAAGCACGCAGAGUCCCUAGCACCGACCAAUCUGGAGUGCCCAAAGGCCAAGUUCGUCUCACCGAUGUCCCGGCACGCAAGCUACUCCGGUGGGCUCAUCCAGACAAAGAAGACCGUGAAGAAGGGACUAGCUACCGAUUUUACUGGGAUCACUGGUCCGAUACGAUACCGGUUUGCCAAACCGUCGACGAUUUCUUUGCACUUACUUCCUCCCUGUUGAAUGUCUCCGGUUUUAGAAUCGGACAAGAUCCACUGCUGAUGAGUAAAAUUUCACGAAUCGCCCAACACAGUUUGAAAACAGAUACGUCAGAGGCCAACAGAAAUCGCUGGAGGGACUUUUGCAAACGGUUGUUUCUUCCGGCCCUGAGCUUAUCCAAGAAGAACCCAGGUGUUGCCAACGAGGUAUUUGGUGUUAUUCGUCACUUCCCCAGGGCCGUGCGCUACAAUAUGUACGCCGAAUGGCACUCUGGGCAAACAUCUAGACUGCCGGAUAUCAAGGCGGCCUUUGAGCUUGCCACGGCACAAACCAGAGACACACUGAAGCGGUUGAGCAAGACAAACAUUAAGGCCAUGGCUCGUGCAUUGGCGGAAAUAGCAUAUGCAAACCCGGGCAUCGUUAUCAAUGUCGAAAUCACGCAGAUUGAGUCGUACGACAACCUUAUCGACGUCGUCGUCGAGUGUGCCCGUUACUUUACCGAUCUAGGAUACGAUAUCCUCGUAUGGGCCCUCAUCAACAACUUGGGCCAAAAAGGGAGAAGCCGUGUUCAACAAGGAGGUCUCUUGACUAGCAGGUGGCUCAACGCGCUGUCAACAUUCACUGGCAAAGCAUUCAAACGCUACUCUGUUCUAAACCCCUCACCAAUUCUUCAAUAUGUACUCGAUCAGCUACGACAACAAAAUUCGACCGAUCUUAUUAUCCUAGAACGUAUGGUUAGCUCUAUGGCGGGAAUUGUUACCGAUACAAACUUCAAUGAGCAACAAAUCCAAGCUAUGGGAGGAGGUGCCAUAUUGCAGUCGCAAGUCAUGCUACAGCUUCUCGACAAGAGGCACGAAUCCAAAACGACAUCGAAACGAUUGAUGAAGGCGCUGAUUGACUCAAAAAUGGCCGGUCAAUUGCUCAUUGCUAUCGCCCAAGAGCGCCUCCUCUGUAUUUACAGGGAACCAGAGCUCGGUCCAGAGCUCAAACUACUAGGCAACAUCUUUGACGAGAUCCAUCGAAUUCUGACACAGUACCUAGACUUGCUUCGAAGCAAUCUUACUUUUGAAGAAUUUGACUCUUUUGUUCCUAGCUUGCCAAGUCUUGUUGGUGAAUUUGGUCUCCAGCCAGACAUUGCCUUUUGGAUUACACGGCCUGGUCUGUGCAAACAGAUUGCAGAUGCCGAUCGCGUUGCCAAGGAGAACAAUCCAGCUCUUAGACAAGCAAAGAAAAUCAAAAGUGUGACUGCUGAUGGCGAUGUGGAAAUGGCAGAGGACGAGACCAGCGACCAAAAUGAAAGCACGACAGCCGAGGGUGAAAUGGAGGUGGAAAAGUCACCUGCCGCAGCAGACAAGGCUCUUUCUCCCGGUCAUACAAAUGGCGUCACUCCUGAAGUAGCACCUUGGCAUCCCAUUUUGCAGAAAUUGAUGGACGAAAUCCAGCCCGUUCUUCCCCCGAAUGCCUGGCAAACUGUUGGGUUGCCAUUCUAUGUGACUUUCUGGCAGCUUUCGGUCUAUGAUGUUCACAUUCCAGGCAAGGCAUAUGAAGACGAGAUGGAGAGACAGAAACGAAAAGUUUCUUCCAUCUCUAACGACAGGACUGAUGUCAGCGUGGCUGGCACUCAGCGGAAGGAAAGAGAAAAGAAGCAAAUCCAGGAGCUUCAAGACCGCCUGCUGGAAGAGAACAAGCAACAUCUUGUCUCCUACGAGCAGACUCGGAGCAGAUUGCAAAAGGAGAAAGAUCACUGGUUCCCAGGUAUGCGAGGCAAAUAUGAAGCGCUCAAUCUUGCUCUUUUAGAGCAAUGCUUUCUACCUCGCCUCUUGCUGUCGUCUAUCGAUUCUUUUUACUGUUUUAAGAUCAUGAAAUUCUUGCAUACUUCAGGCACGCCCAACUUCCGCACGGUUGGUCUUUUGGACCAAUUGUUCCGAGAACACAGACUCACAGCGAUCAUUUUCCAAUGUACCUCGAAAGAAGCCGAUAACCUUGGACGCUUCCUCAAUGAGAUCCUACGUGACUUGACUCGCUGGCACGCUGACAAAACACUCUACGAGAAGGAAGCAUGGGGUCCAAAUAAAACUCUGCCAGGGUUCGCCAUGAAUGUUGAUUCCGAGGGCAAGUCAACUUCUUUUGUUGACUUUGAGAUGUUCCGCCGGCUACUGUAUAAGUGGCAUCGCUUAUUGGCUGGAGCAUUAAAAACUUGCUUCAAUGGAGGGGAGUACAUGCAUAUCCGGAAUGGUAUCAGCGUUUUGAAAUCCGUGUCCAAUAACUUCCCGGCUGUUAACUGGAUGGGCCGCGAUAUGUUGCAAUGCGUCAACUCUCUGAGCAACGACGACCGAGAAGACGUGAAGAUUCCGGCAGCAUCAUUAAAGGGAGAUCUCAGCAGAAGGGAAAAGCAAUGGCUACUUCCCCAGGCAUUCAUGAUCAAUGAUAAUGUUGCUGGUGACAAGGCCAAACCUCGCCCAGGAAGACUUGAUUCCACUACGCCGAAGCCGCUGAAUGCAAGCGCCGCAGAAUUCAAACUUCCAGCUUCCUCCAUAGCAAACGGUGCCUCAAAUGGUCCCGCUUCAGGCAAAUUAGAGGUGGAGGACGGUGAGAUCGAGGAUGCCAAGAUGGGUGAUGCUCCUGCAGAAUCCGCCUCGAUAGGAGAUCCUGCGCAACAGGCGGAUAAACUUGCAGGCGAAGAUUCUGAGCAGCCGUUAGCAGCAGCAGGGGUUGAUGAUUCCGAAGUCUCUCGGGACGAAAGGUCGGAUGUGGAACGACAAUCAUCCGAGAGAACCCAAGCCAGGACAGCAUCGCCAGUCGAUUCGCGACAGGGCUCGAGACCACCUGAUAUGAACCGCUCUGCAAAUAUACCCAAGCGCCCGGAGCUAUCUCGAUUACCACCACCGCCUAGUCUACCAAACAAACCCGAUCUUCCUCGUGGAUAUAGACAUGAUGCUCGUCCGCCCAGGCAGCCAGAUUUGAUCGAUGAUCGCCGAGACGGACGACACCCCGAAUUCUCUCGCUCUGGACGGUAUAGUGAUGCUGAACGUGACCGCCUAUUCGAUCACGAUUCCCGAGGCCAUGGCCGUUCCGAUGACCAGUACCGAGGUCCUCGUGGUGGCCCCCCUCGCGAGGCUGAGACUGACCGCGCCGGCCGCUUGCGCCCUCCAGACUCGCUUCCUCGAGCCGGGCCGCGUUCUGGGUCGCAGCCACUGCCGCACCCGGACCGAGCUGACCUCUUGCGCGAACAUCCUGACCGUGUGGCAUUGAUAGAGGUAGAAACGCAGCGCCGCGACCACCGUGAAGAUCGCAGGCCUCGACCCUCAUCCCCCGCGAGACCAGAUGAUCGUCGAAGCCAUCGCCAUGAUGAUUACCCUACCGGCCCGCGUAGCGAUAGGCCUAGCCGCUCGGAUAUGUCCGAGGCCAGGGAUGCUCGACCUCCUCCUGACAUGUCGCAUGGAAGACUGAAUCGUCAAUCUGAAGUACCGACCGACACUCCAUCUGGCCCACGAGGCAGAGGCGCCCAUACACGUGGACGAAAUGUGUCAAAUUUGCCACCACCAUUACCACCGACACCGACAACACCUAGUGGAGCUCCUGAACGCCAACCACCUUCCGGACCUUCUAAUCGAUCAACUGGCCGUGGUCCUAAACCUACUACUUCUCCGCCCCCGACUUCAGAUAAGGUUGAUCUUAGCGGAGUCCACCCUGAUAGACUCAAGAACCUUCCGAACGAGCCUAGUCCUGCUGGCGGUCGGGCCCAGGCCCCUCUAGCUGCUCCUUCCGGUCCUCGUAAUUCUCAUGGAACUCCUGGUGGCUCCCCUGCCACUCGUGGGCCGCCAUCAGGACCCGGAGGUGAUAGGAGCCGCAGUGACAAGCGAUUCGCAGGUCUGAACACCAUGCUUCAGCAAUCCGGCGGUUCCCAAGAACGACAUGUAAGCAGUCCGGGCACGUCCGUCAGGGGUAGAGGCAGACAAGCUAGUUCUGCCAAUGCUUCAUCUCUCCAAGGAAGUCGACCUGCAAGCCCUCCCGCCGGCGGAUUCGACGAAGGACCAGCUCCUCAAGGACGACCUGAAUUAUUCCCCGGCGGCAAGGAGGAGGAUAAUAACAAUAACCGUUCCUCUGGCCGCGGUCGACGAAACGACGGACCUGACGAGGCCAAUGCUGAACCUAGGCGCGGCGGGCGACAUGCGAAUAUCAACACGCCCGACCGAGACCGGACCCGCGGCGAAGACGAGGCUGCUCCCCCAAGAGGCAAUCGAAGGGAUGAUCGCAGAGGCCGCGACCGAGACCGCGAGCGCGACCAUGAUCGUAACCGUCGAGGAGUCGAUGCUGCCGAGGAAGAAACACAUCCGCAAGCAGCACCGAGAGAGUCGGGAGGUUCUCGUCGCGGAACAAUGAGUCGCGACGAUAACAGGAAGCGAGACCGAAGAGACAACAAUAACAACAAUAACAACAACAGAGACGAUGGUGCCCCCGAUCAUACUGGUCCUGGCAACAAUGAGCUUCAUGGUCGUAUCCGGCCUCCCUCUGCGACAGGCAGCAAUAAUAAUGCACCUCCACCGGGCCCGCCAGGCGAAGAACGUCGAUGGACCGGCGGUGGCCGCGGGGAGCCUCGCGACCGAGACCGCCAUCGUGGUGGGAAUCGCGAUAGAGAAUACAACAAUCGCGACGGCGGCGCAGCAAGCGGCAGCAAUACAUUUCCACGCAAACGUGGCCGACCUGGUGACGACAACGGCGGUCACGGAGAGGGCGCUGGUCGUGGUAUGCGAGUUGGAAGUGAAAGCAAACGAGCACGACGUGGCACAUGA